AUGGACGUGAACGGGGUGGUUGUUCGACGAAUCUUGGUAGAUACCGGGAGCAGUGUCAACAUCCUGCAUCUCGAAACUUUCACCAAGUUGGGUCUAGCACGAGAACGGCUGACCCCGAUCAAGACGCCACUGGCAGGCUUCACUGGGGAUUCCAUCGAAGCUGAAGGGUCCGUCACCCUGCCGGUUGAGAUCGGCAACUAUCCCGAUAUACAGAAGCUAGAUAUGAAGUUUAUUGUGGUUGACCUGGCCUGUUCCCACAACGCCAUCCUCGGACGACCCGGUCUGGAUGACUUGGGAGCGCUGAUCUCCAUCGAGCACCUAUGUCUGAAAUUCCGCACGCCGAUAGGAGUGGGCAUAGUGCGUUGCGACUGGAGAGUCGCCCGAGAGUACUAUUUGCAAGCAUGCCGGGGAAUGGGAAGACGAGAAAUGCAAGUGCAUGAGAUCACCGAGCGGCCCGCAAAGAAAGAAAUGGCGCCUCGCCUAGAACCGGGCGUGGAGUUAGAAGAAGUGGGGAUCGACCCUGUCCGACCAGAGAGGCGGAAGGAGGUGAGCACGUUGCUGGUUGCCGGCCACAUCCGAGAGGUGAAGUAUCCGGAUUGGUUGGCCAACGUGGUACUAGUGCCAAAGUCGGCGGCCUGGAGAAUGUGUGUAGAUUAUACCGAUCUCAACAAGGCAUGUCCGAAGGAUCCUUUUCCCCUACCCAGGAUCGACCAGUUGGUAGACAAGACUGCGGGGUCGGCCCUAUUGAGCUUCAUGGAUGCCUUCCGAGGUUACCAUCAGAUCUGUGUGCACAAAGCCGACGAAGAGAAGACAGCCUUCAUCACCCCCGAUGGUGUAUACUGUUACCAGGUGAUGCCCUUUGGACUAAAAAAAGUGGGGGCUACAUACACCAGAAUGGUCGCUCGACUAUUCCAGGAUCUAUUGGGAAAAUCUAUGGCGGCGUACGUUGAUGACAUAUUGGUCAAAAGACCGGAAGAGUCAGGUCAUGCUCAAGAUCUGGCCGAGUGUUUCCAGGCAUCCAAUAACGAGGCAGAGUAUGAAGCUGUGCUGGGAGGUAUCCGGCUCGCCAAGGCUGUAGGAGUCGACCGUCUGUGUAUUAAGACGGACUCACGUCUUGUGGUAGGACAAGUAUGA